CUGUACUUCACCAAAUGUUCAUGUGAUAUGAAAGAAAACUCACAACAAAAUAAAAUGUUAAAAAGAACAAACGUUUUUACAAGAUCUGCUUCUUCGUCUUCCAGUGCAACGGACGGUAGUUGCCAAUGCUUUUUUCUUUCGUAGAAGGCCUACCAUCUUCGUUGUCGGUUACUCAUCGUCGUCUCGUCGGGUAUCGUCCAUUCACUUUCUGAUGUAAUAAAUCUAAGUAAUGAUCUCAGCCAGAACAACGCAAAGAAGUCUCAGGAGCGUCGUUUUUUUGUUCGUACGUGUUUUUUUUUCAACCGGGAUUCAUGUUUUGUAAAUUUUCGAGCUAAAAGAAUACUCACCACGAGUUCUUCAACAGUCUCAUCUUCUAUGAAUAUCGUAUCGUUCGUAUCAAUUUCAUCAAUCAUCAAUCAUGCACGACCAGGGAGGGAGCAGAGAGGCAGUAGGCUCUUUUUGAUGUCUAAGCAUUUUUUUUCUUGCUGGGAAGUCUGCUCCUCGAGAGAAAAUGCGGGCUCCUCGAUAUUUUCGUCCAUCGUUAGUACUGCGGAGAUGACAUCACUCUGCUGUUGUCCACGAAGUUCACAUUGAUAAGCUUUGUCCUGUUGUUUCUUGUUCUCCUGUUUUGACUGUAAUUUGUUCAUCGCCUUGGCGUGAUAGAUUCUCCAAUUUAUUUAGGCGAAAACUUACUACAUGAGCAUUUAGGACCUUGUCAUCAAUAUCAAGUUUAGAGGGCUAUAACUUAGACUAAGUACAACAACGAACAAGAGCAGGCUGAGUUGUCAAGAUGUCUGUCGUGUCUCCGAGUCGAGGUGCGGAGGAUCCAACGACCGCUCCGACCACUGCUUUUAGUAGUGCGAGCUCUUCGACAACAGGAGGCCCUACUACGACAGCGUCUACUUCUGGAACUUCGAGCAACGCAGGAGCAGGACCAUCUGCGGCACAACAUGCGAAUUACAUGAAUGGCAGUAAUGCCAUUGGUGGGUCACCGCAGAUCCAUAUGAGGAUGACAUCAGCUUCAGGAGCACUAGAAGGAGGUGGAUCGGCAACAACAGGAACGACAAAUAACUCAUCAACUGCUGGAACAGCACAACAGCAAGUAGGACAACAGCAUCAGCUUUCUUCUCCACAGCAACCUCUUUCGUUUUCGACUUCGGGUGCUAUACCUACUUCCGCGCAACAGCUACACCAGAAAAAGAUGAUGAGUGUGGGUCGCGCACCACCUCCACUAGGUCGAGCAGCCUAUACUACCCGCGGAAAAUGUGUCCGGUUAUUGCACGCGACGCGUGAAUUCUUCUGCCUGCAAGCCGCUUUAGACCGAGCCGAUGGCGUGUGUGACAGUUUGAUCGAUAGCUAUAUGCGCUUUUACGAGUCCUUAGUAGCAAUAUGUCCGGCACUGGCGGAUUGGCGACCCGAGAUAGUCGAGACUUUUGAGCAACGACCAUUACAAGCAACGUUACCGAUAUUCAUGGUUGGAACAAUGAUGGGUACAUCUAUGACUAGUUUUUGGACUGUUCCUGUCGUAAGUGUAACUCCGAUUGUGAGUGGUCAGCCUACUUUGACAAAUCAACCCUUACUACCAUUGAUCUCGUCCACCACCUUCUCACUCACCCACUCACUCAGUCACUCACUCACUCACUCACUCACCCACUCGCUCACUCGCUCACUCGCUCACUCGCUCACUCAGUCACUCACUCACUCACUCACCCACUCACCCACCCACCCACUCACCCACCCACUCACUCACUCGCUCACUCACUCACCCACUCACUCACUCACUCGCUCUCAACUCUUUCGUCAGGUAUGCUCUACGUUGCCUACGCGUUUGUUUAUUUGCCUACGAUUGGAAGUGUGUGGGAGGGCCGCGUCUUCCACAUCUGCCUCGGAACGAGUAUGCUAGCUUACUACAAAGGUCUCGUCACUGACCCUGGAGGUAUUCCAGACGCCGGAUGGCACGAUCUUCCGAUUGGCAUAGAGCUCAUGGAGAAGAAGAAGAAGUCUUCGGAGUACCGAUUCUGCUCAAAAGAGGGCAAGUACAAGCCGGACAGGACGCACUUUUGCUCCGCGAUGAGCCGCAACGUACUGCGCAUGGAUCACUACUGCCCCUGGUUGUCCAACUGCGUCGGCUACUUCAACCACAAGUACUUCUUCCUUUUCCUGCUGUACACUAGUGUGGCAUCGAAUAUGGUGACGUACGGCCUCUUCAAGCUACUGGCAUCGAAGCACGUGAUGCUAAAUGCGGGCUACCAGCUCAUGCUAGCCGAAGGGAGCGGCCUCAGCGUGAUCCUGAGCUCUGUCCUGACUCCGUUUCUCGCGUUUCACUGCUGGCUCAUCUCCCGGAACAUGACCACCAUUGAAUUCUGCGAGAAAAAGACACUACGCGACGAAGACGCCGCUGUACUAACUUCGUCUUCGACGUCAGGAGGUGCGCGUGAUGGAAGCAGCAACUUCGACCAAACAGCGUCGAGCUUGGUUUCAAGAGACAGCAGAUACAGCAAUUUAAUGCCGAGUCACAGCAUGGUUGGCGGUUCUUUUGGUAGCUCCGCGUCGGGGUCUACAACUGCGUUGAUGUUAUGAAUGGACAGCAACAGAGAGAUGUCUACAGCAACUUGUUAAUGGUACUUCACUGAUUUUUGCCGUCAGUCUCAGUUCCGUGUGUUUGUGGAAGUAUUAUUCUCACGGCCUCUCACUAAAAAGCUUACCGGCAGUAAGUGAUAGAUUAUGACUAUUACUUACUUUUUCAGUAGUUGAUGUCGUAUUAUUUCCGCUCUGAGUUGAAGUUGUUCGUCGUAGCAUUUGUUCUAAUCCCUGGCUCAACGACAUGCAGCGCACUCGGGUGGCUAAGCGGAACAGUUUGUGGCUUCUUGUGGGCUCCUUGUGGCUGGCUUUGUUCCAUCGGAGAAGGGCGUAGAGGCAUGUACGAUAUUAACGUUUACCACAAUUUGAAGUCGGUUUUGGGUCAAAAUCCGUUGCUGUGGCCAUUUCCUGUCGACGGUGGGUUAGGAGACGGUCUUCAUUUUGAAGUCAGAGAAGACUUGCCAUUCGUGCAGCAGUACUGUUUAUUUUGUUUUACCGUUUGUUUCAUAGCCACGACAAUGGGUAGACACGUAUCCGCACAACAUCCAGCCGGGCACCCUCGUGGCUGAUUGCCUUCCAAACAGGUGGCGACCAAGUUUGCCCCUCGGGGCAGCAACCGGCAGCAGGCCCGCGGAAUUGAAUAAAAGAGAGGGGAGGGCGGCUGGUUUUGAAACUUGUAAGCUCCUAGAAAAUUGCUCGCCGGCCCCGUUUUCUGGCUUGUGUGGCCCUGCGCAGAAGAUGGCUGCCGUCGGUCUGAGCUUGGUCAGAGUGAAGAACCGGCACACACGUUGGGGCUUAUGGAUUUUUUUUGGGCGGAGUAGAGUACGCCACGCCACGCGCGUGAAACUAUUGGCCAAGAGGGAAAAAACUGCAGGGGAAAGGCGUCCCAUAUGAGAAGGCCCAGGAAUUUUUUACGCUGUAUGGCGAGGGAGAGCGACCGCAUGGACAAAGUGCCAUAGGAUUUGCCGAGAGCUGUCGGCGAAGGUGAUCACGUCGAUGGUCUACACUCGUAUACGCUACACCGGCACCGGAGUGCCUCGGCGUCGGAUCCAUGGAAGAGGGCGGGGGCUUGUCGCUUUUGGGUCGAAGGGAAUUGCCUGCAUGAUGGUCGACACGUAUCGGCUGAGUGCUGCGGUAUUAUGCGCUCUCUGGUCGGGACCGUUGCCGAUGUGGGUAACCGUCGGGGGUCGCGGGUGUUAUCCAUCGGAAGCGCGCCACGAUGUCGGCGGCGGUAGUACGCGCUACCGUGCUCGUUUGGACGGGUUACGCGGCAGAGCGGAGAACGACAUGACUGGCUGAGACUGGUCGAAUCUCUUAUGGUCGACGCCGCACGUGGAAAAUUAGGCGGCGCCCAUGUGGCCCGUUAGAUAUUGGCUCGCGUGGGAGGGUAACCUUGCGGAGGCGUUAGCGGUGUAGCGUAUGCGUGUGCUGUGCCGGCUGACGUUCGGGGUCUUUACGCGAGGGCCGUGAUGAAUCAACCUGAUAGAAAACCGGGGGGAGAAGGCGGCGCGACUGGUUCCAGCUGCUCUCACAGCGUCCGGCGCUGCGCGACGGCGCCGCCUUGGGCCAUCUGGUGUGAGAUAUUCGGCGCGGAGUCGAUCGGCAACGGCGACAGCGGGCCCGCUCUCUGCGUGAAGUUUGCAGAUCGCACUGGCGAAUUGUAUGGGCUUGGCUGUCGCUCGGUGCUUCCUUACUGGUUUCCAACGCUUCGCACGGAGGCGGGCAAAUUUUGGAAGAAUGGCCUGAAGAUGGUGAGGGGCAUGGAAGUAGUGAGCUGGCAGACAAGACUCCGCCCCGCCUUCGAGUGCGCGACUGCAGUAGGGGAAAGGGACCGCCCAAAGGGAUGCGGUAGGAUUGGACUCCUGGCAACCUUUGGCGCCCGUGUGUAGUGUGCAGCGCCUCAAGCUUGGGGGAUGGGUGGCUGUGGUACUAAGUGGCCCAGGGCAUUCUGCCAACGGGUGCGGCACCGUGCGCAGGUAGCUCGGGGGGCAGCAUAUUGAGAAUGGACCUCCUGCGGCUUUCAUCUGUGUGGGGUCCUCAGUGAUACUCGCGUCACGGCGCUCGACUGUGUGUGCGUCUGGUCUUCUAUGUAUGAUGAGGGGCGCCUGAUUCCAAGCCUGAAAACAGUGGGCCACGUCGCUCUCGCUGACUAUCUCAGCUGAGGCUUUUGGAAUCGCCCCCGCAUGGGUUAGGAUGCGUUUGGCUGCGUGCGUCGCAGCAGUGGCGACGGCAGGCGGCUCCAAUGAGUCGACGCAGGGGGCGCUGCUUGGUGUUUCUUGGGGGUUCGCUGGGCCUUGCCUGGCGUGUGUGCGAGCGUGGUGCCGCUGGUUGCAAGACGGUGCUCUGCGUUUGUAUAACACGCACCCGCGCGCGCCUCGAGCCGCUCGCGGUGAAAGAAUGCGUAGCAGGUUUAUGCGUGUCGUACAGGGCCAGACUCCUGCGGUGGGGCUCGUCGGCGCUGUGUGCGGCCUUGCUACUGGUGCCCGGGGAGAAUGAAGCCCCGCAGACUGGCGGCGGCGCUGGUUUCCUGUUCAUUCUUGAGCCAUUUCGCCGGGGCUCUCCCUCGCAAGGAUCGAAGCACGCAGAAAGACGCAGGCAGAGAGGCCGGCCUGGGGCUCUCUGCGGGGUCGCUCGACUUCACCCGCAAAGGGUGCGGCGCUUCUGGUGGGCCGGGGACGGGGAAUGGGAUGCCUGUGCGCCACGGGUUGGCCUCGGGGGUGUCUUGGCUAGCUCUUAAGCCGCACAACCCACAAAACGCAGAGCAAGGGGCAGGGCUGACAGAAAUAGCAGGAGCAUGCUGCGCAGCCUGUGGGGCUUUGGCGGCGGUGGCCUUGGGCUGUCGUUCGGCCCCCGUCUCGACUUGGCUCGCCGCGCAGGGCGUACGGGGUGCAAAAUUGGCGCUGGGAGUGGCGUGAGAGCAAAGACAGCUGCUCAAGCAUCCGCGGCGUGCCCGCGUCUGUGGUGCCCCCUCGGGUGCACCGGUGGCCCCCGCUGGGGUUUCAUUUAGUGGCUCCCAUUGGGUUCCCCCUGGUGCGCUGCGUUGGGUGCUUUUUCUUUCUCCUUUUUUUAGGUCAUAGAUAACGUGGCCCCGCUAGCUUUAUCUUGCUUGCCAGGUUUCUUUGAGUUGCUGAUAUUGUCGACUGCAAUGGGAUACGGUGUGUUUACUUGCGUACAGAAAUUUACAAUUUGGCGCAUAUUGCUGAGUAGCUUGGCCUCUUCAUCUAACUAGCUACCCAACUGAAGUCCGUCGCAUAAUUGGAUUCCACAGCAGAGCAUUGGUAGAGUAGAUUCGCUUUCCACUUUGUUGUUGUUCUUAUUGUUCACAGGUCUGCAUCUCCUCUUUUAUUUACAACCAGCCAUAUAUUUUCUCAAAAUAGGCGGUGCGCACAGCUGAAAGGGCCGCCAGAGUUGGAAUUUGAAAGGAAGAAAGAGGAGCAAGCGAAGAAAGGAAGUAGAAGUAGCGCAGAUGCGAAUCCUGAAGAGACAGUUCCAGAAAUUCCUCGAAAAAUACUCACGAAACAAAGAAGUACUUAUAAUAAGUAUUCAUCUGAUGAAUGGUAGACAUUGUAAUUGUUUGAUGAAGUUUUUGUUUGAUGAAACAGUGCUGGAGAUAUCCAUCAGUCCGGUAAAGUUCAUCUUCUUAUUCAUUGUCCUUUCCAAUUCCAGUGUAUGAAAAUGACACUAAGUUGAGAUUCUAACUCUAAGUGAUCAUCAUGAUCCACAUCUACGACCCAAAAAAACAGUAAGCGCAUGGGAUGAAGCCUGGGUAGACUUCGUCACUAGUUGUGAGCAAGUUCACGAGAAAACAUGCGAAACCUAUUGGAUGUUCGCGGCUGCUCUGCAUCGCAGUGUAUACGGCGAGUUGUAUCCCGCAAAGGCAAUGGGAUGAAGCGGUGAGGGUGCGUUCAAUCCUUUUAGCGGAAACAUGUAGACUGGAGUGUAAAAAUUUGCUGCGGCUGGCGCUGGAGGGCUAGCAGCCUACUGCCCAUGCCGUAGCUACGAACCAGUGUGGGAGGCCGCGAAGUGAAGUGCAGCAGUAGCGCUCCGGUUUGUCUUCUUGAAACACGGGCACCAAUUUACACAAACAUCGUUCUACAACAUGAUCUUCUACUUCUACCAAACAUGCAGGCGCCUGACCAUCACACGCACACUUGAUACAAGUCGAGGACGUCUGUCGCUCCGAAGUAGUACGUGUUAUCGUUCAUGAAAUGUUGUAGUACGCGACUUGCCCUACAACUUCACAGAAUCCUUCUCGGCGAAAAACACGGAGAACUACACGAAGCGAGCGGGGUUCGGUGCGCUCCGACGCGGAAUGAGAAAUUCUCCUAAAUAAAUCAUAGAGGACAUCGGCUGGGAUGAGGUGCAUACGGUUUUGGUGGUACUACUCAGACUUCUUCCGGUUCUUCAUACGCGGAAACAUCGCGCUUCCUUCAUAUCCUGGCGCAGAGCAGAGUUGAAAUUUAAAGAUAAAGAGUCAAAUUUGUACUGGAAGAAGGGUUGGAAGAACUACAACAGCUACUUCUUCUUGAGGAACAUAUUUAUAAGAUUCCAGUUGGGUCUGCUCCAGCACGGCACUUUAUACAAUGUAGUUGUCAACAAACGAAAUUUUUCAAAAACUGAAGGCUCAUCAAACAAAUUGAAAUUUGUUGGUUGCAGAACUAAUUUUCGUUAAGUGCGUACAUUUAUGUUGAUUUCUUCUGGAUUUGGGUCCUAUGAAUCAAUGAUUACUUGCGGAGCUCGAACUCGAGGUCUGCACCUGGCUAUCUCCUGGCGUGUGACGAUGUUACGGUAAUGAUUAUUACUUUUCCUUUGAUAAGUUUGCUAUCAAACAAGUGGGGUGUCUGAUAAUAAAGUGGGGCGUUGGUGUUGCGACAUUUUUUUUCUCCUUUUGCAUCUUUCUAUGCGAGCAAUGGAGGACAAUUUUUUUUUGAAGAAAACUAACGUGAGCUGUAUUUCUCGUGGUCAACAGUAUGCAGAUCGACUCUAAACAGA